AUGAAUCUCCUGCCGUACCGCCGCCUCUUGCGGUCUUCUCACCUGCAGCAACUCGCUGCAGCAGAUAUUUCAUCCAGCUUUAUCGGCAGCAACAGCGGCAGAUGCAGCUACUGCUACAGCUGCACCAGCUGCAGCAGCAGCAGCUGUAACAGCAGCAAUAGCAGCAGCAGCAGCACCAACAGCAGCACCUCCAAGAUGCGCCAAGCGUUUGGUAGGCUGCAACCACCGCGCUAUAGAGCAAACGCAGCCGCAGCAUCAGCAGCAGCACCAGCAGGAGAAGCAGCAGCAGCAAUAACAGCAGCAGCAGCAGCAGCAACAACAGCAGCAACAGCAACAGCAGCAGCAACAGCAGCAGCAGCACGCAGAGGGUUCGGAACCCUCGCUUCAAUUUCUUCAGCUCAUCAAUACGCCCAAACCUACGAUGCGGCCUUUCUACCCAAGCGCCUGCGGAAGAUCAAACUAUUUUCUUCUCGGCCCCACGAUGAUCUCGCGGCGUAUUACCACGAGAAAUUAAAUAAGGCUAAUUCAAACCCUAGAACGAUUAUAAAGUUGUAUCGGCGCUACAGCCGCGCUGAUGAUGAGGCAGACUACAAGUGGUUGGAUUCGCUGAAUGACACCCUUAGACCGGAGAUGGUCCCCCGCAUGCUUUAUGCAAUGGCAGCGUUGGAGUACCGCUCAUAUCAUUUGCUGCCGACUUUGCUCGAGCACAUUGAUGCAAACCUGCAUCGGUGGCGUCUGCCUACUGCAUGCAACAUGGCGCUGUGUCUCGCUUUGCUUGGAGUCGGAGAUAAUUCAGGCAACAACGCAUUCGGCCCCUCAAACUGUCUGUCCAGAGAUUACUCCGGUAUAAUAAACCGCUUGGCUUUGCAUGUAUAUGCAUGCAUGCAGCAGCCGCUGCUGCUGCAGCAGCAGCUCGAACGUGCAGCACCAGCAACAGCAGCAAAUCCACAUUACUCAAACUCCCCCACUACCACCAGCAGCAGCAGCAGCAGCAGCAGCAGCAGCAGCAGCAGCAGCAGUUUGUUGCCGGGAGGGGGUUUUGUUAAGUACUUAGAUGCAUUUGGAUGUACAGCGUUCGAUAAAAUUUCUCUUGCAUAUGCACUCGCCAUCACCAACCAAUAUGAAUGCGGCCUCGAGGAGGGAAGAGAAGAAAACUCGCCAAUCGUUUUCUUCAUCAAAAAGGCAUGCCAGCAGGUCAGCAGCAGCAGCAGCAGCAGUAGCAGCAGUAGCAGCAGCAAGAAUAGCUGCACCAGUAGUAGUAGGAGUAGUAGUAGUAGUAGCAGCAGCAAGAAUAGCAGCAGCAGCAGCAGCAGUAGCAGCAGCAAGAAUAGCAGCAGCAGCAGCAGUUGCAGUAGCAGAAGUAGCAGCAGCACGAGCAGCAGCAGCUGGAGUAGCAACAGCAGCAACACGAGCAAUAGCAACAACAACGAGAGUAACAGCAGCAACAGCAGCAGCAGCAGCAAACGAGAGAGUCUUGUGGUUUAG